AUGGGAAAUAAAUGCAGCUGUAUAGAAAUUAGUAAUGAAAAAUAUAAGUGUCUACAAGAUGAUGAAUAUUUGAAAACUCAUGGACUUCAAUCGAUGGGUUUAGAAGGAAUAGAAACAAAUAUAGCAGAAGAAAACGAAGAAGAUAAUUAUUUUUAUCGGUAUGAAAGUAAAAAAAGUAUAACAGAUCAUGGAGAAGAAUUAAAGCAAAAUGAAUCAACAGAUUGCAUAGUUAAUGUAAAAAGAAUAUUAAAUUAUAUAAAAGAAUAUGAGCCCGAUUUUUUAUUAUUUUUUAAUGAAAAAAAUUCAACAAGUUUAAUUUUUUUAAAAUAUAUAAUUAUGAAUUAUAGUACAUAUAUUAUGUAUAUAGAUACAGGUGUAAUUUAUAUUGGUGAAAUAAAUGAAAACAAUGAAAAAAAUGGUUUAGGAAUUAUUAUAACACCUGAUCAGUGUAUAUAUAUAGGUGAAUUUGAAGAUGAUAAAAUAACUGGGUUUGGAUUAUAUAUACAUUAUUCUAAAAGUAAAUAUAUAGGAUAUUGGAAAAAUGGAAAAGCAAAUAGUUAUGGAAUAUUUAUACACCCUGAUGGAACAUUUUAUAAAGGCCUUUGGUUAAAUGAUAAGCAAAAUAAAAAAGGUAUAGAAUAUGUUAAUAAUAAUUAUAUAUUUUUAGGAAAUUAUAUUAAAGGAGAAAAAAAUGGGUUUGGAGCUUUUAUAUGGAAAAAUGAAUCGAUCUAUAUAGGGCAUAUAAAAAAUAAUUUUUUUAGUAAAAGAGGUAUAUAUUUUUUAAAUAAAAAUAAAAUAUAUAUAAGUAAAUGGAAAUAUAAUUGUUUACAUGGAAAAUGUGAAAUAUUCUGGUUAGACAAAAGACAAUAUCUAGGUAACCACAACAACAACAAUAAACAAGGGAUAGGAAUAUACAAAUGGAAUGAUGGACGGAUUUAUUUUGGAAAUUGGAAUAAUAAUAAACAACAUGGACAUGGUAUAUUUAUUAUAAUAAAACAUUUUAAAAAUUAUGAAAACUAUAUAAAUAAUCCUUUUUUCCUUUUUUUUAAAUGUACACAAAAAAUAAAAAAAUAUUUUUUAUUAAAUAUUAAAAAAGAGGAAUUUUUACAUACUGGACAAAUUAAUCAACUAUUACAAAAAAUUGAAAAUAAUUGCCAUAAUUAUAAUUUUUAUUAUUUUUUACUUACAUUAUUACAUAUUAAUUAUUAUGAGUUAUGCUCAUCCUAUUUUGAAUUUCUUAGGAUAAAAAAAUUAAACAAUUUUAAGUACAAUUUUGAAUUUUACAAAAAAAUAAAUACACAUAUAUCUUCUGCAACCAAUGAAUAUAUAAUUGAAAAUCUGUCUGGACAAAAUACCCAAAUUUCUAAUUCUUUCUUUUGGUUAAGCCCUGAAGAUAAAUUAAAUAAAGAUGAGUUAAAAAAUAAACAAAAAAAAAACAUAAAAAAUGUAGAAAAUAUAAAACAAGUUCGAGUUGUUUCCAAUUUAGAAAAUGCUAAAUACACACAUGAUGAGGAAAACAAAAUAACUGUUCCUUUACAUUAUGAACAAAAUGAUAAUAAUUUUGAAGAUAUUGAAAAUUUAAAAAAUUAUUUAAAUUUAAUAAAUUUAAGCUAUAUAAAUGAAAAUGAUAUAAAUAUACAACAUCCAUUAUUUUCUUAUGCAUCAAAUAAUAUUAUUAUUAAAUUGGGAAAAUGGAAAAAUGGUGAAUUACAAAACUGGAUCUAUUCUACUGAAAAUGGUAUGACUAAUGAAAAUACUCAAAUAAAUGCUGACCAAAUUAUGGAAUAUAGUGAAGAAAUGAUAGACAAUAAUAUAAAAGAAAAAAUCAAAAAAAAAAAAAAAAAAAAAAAAAUCAGACAUACUUUUCCAUAA